AUGAAUUCGCCGAAUCAUUUGCCAUCCGCCUCACCCGUUCCCGUAUCACCAUCCAACCAACCACCAUCUCCAAUGGAAGAUCAAUCGCCGCCACGUUCGCCAAAGAUGGUGCAAUCCAAAGAUGGUGCAAUCAGAGGUGGCGCAAUCAGAGAUGGUGUAAGCAGAGAUGGUGCAAUCAGAGAUGGUGCAAUCCCAUCAGCGAACGAUCCAAUGGACCCGCCUUCAAAAAUUCCAAACAAUCACAAAGAUCUCGAUAAUGUUGCUGAGAAGCUGAUGAAUUUGGUCCUUGAUGACCAAAUUCACCAGCUAAAUUCACCAGCAUCGCCAUUGCCAAGCUUUGAGCCAACUAAAGUAUCAGAGUCCAUCUCAACGAAUGUUCACUUGGACACACCAAUAAUUGAUGAAGAUACUCGGUCGAUUGAUCCUGUGAAAAAGGAAAAUGUUGAAGUCGUGGCUGACGAUUGUGAUGACGAGUUUAUCGAUGAUCAAGAGCCGAUCUAUAGUCAUUUGAGCUCUUUCUAUUCAAGAGAUUUUCAUGAAAUUUCGCCUAAUAGCCAUGGAAAUGCAAAUAUCGAUGUGAACCCUCAACAUUCAUUCAUCAACGAAAAUACUUCACCGUUUGAAGAUGAUUCGAUUUUUGCCUACGUUGGACUUCCACCACUCCGGACAAUCCGUACGUCUUUUACGAGAGAACAAUUACGGGCCCUAAAUCGUUACAUCCGAAAUGGGAAUCAAAAAUGGAAACAUUAUUCCAAAAAUGGAAACAUUUGUGAUGGCGAGUGUAUCGAUUCUCAAGAGCCGAUUUAUAGUCGUUUGAGCUCUUUCUUUUCAAGAUGUUUUCAUGAAAUUUCGCCUAAUAGCCAUCAAAAUGCAAAUAUCGAUGUGAACUCUCAACAUUCAUUCAUCAACGAAAAUACUCCACCACAGGCAUUUGAAGAAGAUUCGAUUUUUGCCUACUUUCGAUUUCCAAAGACUCCGGAAAAGCCACACGUCUUUUAUGAG